CACAUGCGUUUGUCCUCCUCGAGCACAGAGAAAGAGAAGGCUGACAGCUCUCCGCUCCGAGGGAUGGCGUCAUAUGCACUGGUAUCAAAGGCCAAGAACAAGCGAAACUGGGCGCUCGCCUCACUGAUACCACUGUCACGUGGUGUCGUGCCUUUGUAAUUGUGUGUGUGAUGUCUGUGCAUUCUUCAUUCAGGGCCCCACGAGUGAGAUAACGAGCCCAUUCAGAAGGAGGAAUCCAGGCAGCAGCCAAUUCCCCUCCGUGACCGUAACCCCGCCUGCCACAUCAGCACACCCAGAUGAGGCGCAAGAUGACGACCAGCCAAGCGAGAGACCAUGGCGGCCGAGGUACAGCAUUCGCUCACCCAUUCGCUCGUCCGAGAGCGACCCUGACACCAAGGGGUGGGGCUGGGAGGGGGCCAGCCCAGACAUCGGUCCGCGGCCUCCGCACCAGGACGGUCAGAAGCUGAAGCGGAUAGGCAACAAGAGGGAGAGCGUGGAAGUCGCCGUUCACUGGCGUGGCAAGAGAAGCUCUACGCUGACCGGAGGCUUGGGGCUGGACACAGAUGAGGGAAGGACCAUGUGCCCGCCGCGACCCCUACCAAAGGCGUUCAAGACAGAGGCGGAGCGCAAGGCAGAGGCCUCAAACAGGCACGCACGCACGCACGCACGGCCACAUGGGUGUACGGAUGCGUACAUGGGCAGUGUUUGAAAGGCAUGGCAUGCUGUGCUAUGCUGUGGUCCAUUAUAUCAGGUUUCCCUCCUCAGUAACGAGCAUGCGGCAGUCCUCUCCCUCACCCACCACCUCCCCUGUGGCACUCAAGCGGGCCUUCACGGACUUGGGGCCCAGAUACCUCACUUUCAGGUCAGUCAGUCAGUCAAAGGCCUCAUUAAUCCACCUGGGCACGUCACCGUACGUGUAAGUGUGCCCCUUGGUGCGCUUUGAGCAGGUAUCGGUUUGGUCAGGUGCGUCGCAUCGACACAGUGGGGCAGACAUAUUAUCUGCAAGGCGAGCUCAGGUGGGUCUCUGAUGCUGAACGAACACGUCUCUACUCCUAUUCCACACAUGGUUGUGUCUGCGUCACGUCAGGUUCCAGUGGAUUGACCCGCUGGCUGUGGGUGCCGAGCUUGUACCACCAGACAUCUUUGUGCCGAUGAUUGAGGUGGGGGGGCAUGAUAUGAGGCUGCCAACGUUGACGGACUGUGCGAUGUGUGUAUGUGUGUAUGUAUGUGUGUAGGUCAAGAAUGCGGAGCAGCUGCUGAUAUACAACAAGGUGGUGGAGGUGGUCGACCCGGCAGUGGGCUUGCUGCAGAAGACACAACGAUUCCACGCCACAGUCAGUAAUCAAUCACACACAGGAGCAUGCAGAAAGGAGAUAGAGUUCUGGUUCCUGUGCUGUGCUGCCCCCUAUCUAUGAUAUGAGUGCCUCCGUUUUCCUUUGGCUGAAAUCUGUGUGUGUCAGAUAUACCACUGUUUCCAGCUGAAGCAGUUCCCCUUUGACGUCCAGCAUUUCUGCUUUGAGUUCGUUCUCCUGUACGCAACCACACAUCCGGAGGGCUUGUGACACAGCCAGGUGACAUACAUGUCUCUGUACUGCUUGAUUGUUUGCAGUGACGACACGAAUAUAGCCAAGAUCAAGGAGGAGCGAGACAAGAAGUUCUGGCAAAGGUCCGCAUGCAUCCAUGUCCUCCCAUCCCUCUCUAUGCGAUAAUUUAUCGACUGCAUGCCCUUUCGUCUGAUUCUUGUCCGUCCGUCUGUCCAUCCAUCCAUGCAUGGCCAUGAAUCGAUGUCUCUGUGUGUAUGCAGCGCGUCUCGCAACGACAGUCUGGAGAAGCUGUUGGGCGACAGCGGCAACGCGUCCUUCUUCCGCAAGCGGGCGGGUCGGCGCUCAUCUGAGCUGCUGCGUGACCGUCUGUCUAAGUGCCGCGGUCGUCUGCAGCACAUCGACCAGUCCGAGUGGACGCCCCUCAGUCAGAUCAACGACGUUUGCAUUCCCAUUGAGGAGGUUUGGUCGGCUUGUGGCGACGACGGACUCAGUCGAAGCCACGUACGCAUCUGGUUCCCAAUGGUCAGCCAGUCUCUCUCUCUCAGUCCCUUAUGGGGGGAGAAACGAGGGUCAUUCGUGUGGUCAUUCUUGUGUGUCUUGUUAUGGUCUUGGUGUCCAAAGGCGAGGAGAUGGUCUUUCUAUUUCUGGUGUGUGAGACAUGCAUGGCAGGCAUGCCUGCAGACAGACAUCACACAUACCAGCUAGUGUCUCAUGUACAUAUGUUGUUUUGCUGUCUUGAUCUCAAUUUGUCGUCAGGAAGGUGUAUUUCAUUUUGUUCACACUGACCUCUGCCUGCUUCGCAGCCAACUUCAUACCAUAUGAAGAGGUGCUCGACCACGCUGGCUGCACAAUGAAUGAGUUGGCUGGCUGAUGUCUCGGGGUGGGGGGUCUGUUGUGCAGGGUGUGGGAGUGCGUCUGCAGACAUUGGUGACUCUCGAGGUGGCCAUGACGGCCUUCAUGCAGUCUGUGGCCAACCUGCUGCCGAGAUCAUCCGUAUUCACUAAGGUCAGGCAGACAGACAGGCAGUCGGCCAGGCCAUGUGCGACAUCACAUUAUUGCAAUGUACAUGUCUUCAUCAGGUGGACAUGUACAGCGUGUUUUGUUUCCUUGUAAUCCUGGUGGUGGUCCUCAGCAACGUCAUGACCACUGACGAAGACAUUCUCGCAGUACGCUACGCUGGCCCUGCACACGACAUGGCUGCUCUCUCACACCAGCCAAAGCCCGCUGUGUCUCUGUCGUUCAGAACUUCACGAUUGUGGUGGCUUCUGCGUGGGGCGGCUUCCAUGUGAUAUAUCUUCUCAACGUCUUCUGGAUCGGGUGCUCACACCGACUCCUCCGGGCCACCCAGGAGAGGCUCAAGUCGAUAUCGGCGGCAAUCUACCUGACGUACGCCACUCAGAUGGGAUCGCCCACGCCACCCACGCCCUCCAGCCCCUCAAACCUCAAGACACAGCAGGAGGGGCCGCACCAGCCCCCCAGGCAGACACAGACUGUACUGGGGAGGCUCAUCAAGGGCAGCCACCCGCCUGCGCCGUCCACCCCUCAGAACACCAACACGUAGGAAGACAGACAGACAGACAGACAGAUAAAGGAGACUCCUGCGUGUGGUGUUGAUCCAUUCAGGCCUUCGAGGAUCCAGACGGCACCUUCGUGGUGGCGGUUCGGCCGCAGCUCCCUACAAGCCCGACCGACCACAGUUCAGACGACGAGCAGCCCUCCCUCCGCUCCACCGCUUUCGGAGUCACAGCUGUUCCAGCCGGUUGGCCCCAGUGACAGGGACACUCUCUCCCCCGCACCCACAGCAGCACCCCCCAUGCCAUCCGAGGGUGACAGGGAGGGCCAGGAGUAUUUGGCCUCGCCCAAGUCCCCAGAUGUGUCCCCGGCGCACGGGAGGUGCGCCGGUCGGGGCAGCGUAUCGCAUUCCUUCCGCGCCGGGGCCGCCACUCUGAGUUACCCCAAGUCACCUCUUCGUGGGAGCGGGGCGUCGGUGGCCAUGACCAGCGGCGUGGAACACGAUGAUUCUCGCAUGCAGCAGCAGGUGCUGGAGGAGAGUGACAGCAGCGUCAAGCGAUACAGCAGCAUGCGCUUCAAGGACAGAGACGAUACCAACCUCCGCUUCAACGUCAUGUAAACCGCAGCUGGUGUGGCUGUGUCUCUGCUGGCCAGUCAGACAGACAGACAGACAGAAGGGACAAAUAUGGCUUGUGUGUAUGUGUGUGUGUGUGUGUGUGUGUGUUGCUCACUCGCUGUGGGGCUUACUGCGUGUGUCUGUGGCGAUCCGCGUUGGAACGAUUCAUUGUCA